CGCGUUGAUUCCCGCGAGAUUUCUAACUAGUACAUUUACAAAAUAAUAUAGAAUAGAAUGGAGGUUGUGCUGUGUGAUGGACAUCAAAAACCAUGUUUUGUAAAAACUGGCACAAAGGGUGGGCCCAACCAAGGCAGAAGCUAUUUCAUUUGCUCCCAGGCAAACUCACAAUGCGGAUUUGUGAAAGAUGCCAGAUUACAACCAUUGCAUUGUUUCAAACACCCUGAACAUGUGGUUGAGCUUCAAGCUGUUAUGCAAAGCAAGUCCACUAGUGAGAAAAGACAUUUCUUUCGAUGCAAUAUCGGUCGUCAUGCUAAGAAGAAUUGGUGUGGAGCCAAGGUUAUAGAAAAUCAGGUAUGCACAAGGGAAAAUCAGGGAGCUAUAGUUAGACCAAUAAAAUCUGGACAGCAAGCUUCAAGUGUGGUCCCAUUACAAGAUCACAACCAGCCUAGAUCAAGUCAUACCCUUGACAAAUAUCACAAUCAACCUGCAACUAAAGAAUUUAAAAAUCCUACAUCAAGACCUUACAAACCAUUGGCAGUCCCACAAGAUGAUGAUGAUGCUGAUGAUGAUGAUGAUGAUUGCGUGAUUGUAGAUGUAAAACCACCAGAUUCCAAACCUUUCCAUGCUGGUGCUAGUAUUAAUGCUCCCUUGCAGUCGACUUUGAUAGAUAGGAAGCAGACGGAAAGUACUCUUACUUGUUUUCAAAGGUUUCAGCAACCUUCAGCAACAAAUGUUGAGAAGUUGACAGAGUCUUUGAUGCAGACAAGCCUUAAAGAUAGAGUUCAGUCUAGGUUGACUGGGUCCUCUGGAUCUGAAUCUGACAACAGUGCUGACACCUACCCUUCUGUUGCUCGGGCACAAGUCAAAAGCUCAGAGUCAGGUUCUGACAGCAGUGUGGACAGUUCCCCCUCUGAACACAGGACAACAGAGCCAGAAUCACAGCAGUGUGUUGCUGUAAAUCCCCAAGGUGCUCGUCCUAAAGAUUAUAAAGGGGCCACAAAGGCACAGUUGCAAUCUGUAGUUAAGUUGGAUGUUUCCCAACUGAAUAGGGAUAUUGCAUUAAGGAAUGGCCUCGUCAAGAAAUUGGAGCGACAGCAGGAAAUCUUUAAAAAGUUUGAAUCCACUUUGCCUGAUAGCGGCCAUAAAUUGAAACAACAAAUAGGUGAAUUGGAAAGAAUGAUACAGGCUGCUGAUUUAAGAAUUGAUAACCAGAAGAAGCAAUUGCCAAAAGAAGGGUCUACAGAUCAACCUCCUCCUUCCCAGCAGCUUUUUACAACAAUCCCAGCAAAGAAUUAUAGUAACAAGAAUCCAGAUGGAUUAAGGCAGACUCAGAUUCUCAACCAUGUUGUGCAGCUUCCCCAGCAUGCAUUUCAACAGUUGUAUGCAGCAAAUCCACAAGCAAUGACAUUAUACCAGGGCCGCAUGACAGCCUCAAAGAUGCGUCAGGUGGGAGCUGUUACAGCUGAGGCAAUUGAGACUAUACACAGGCAAUUGGAGACUUGUCCUCUAGAUAGAGCAGAGUUAGCAGACCCUAAUGGUCUGACAGUGACUUUGAUGCCACACCAGAGACAAGCCCUGGCUUGGCUGACAUGGAGGGAGAAACAACAUCCACCAGGAGGAAUUCUAGCUGAUGAUAUGGGUCUGGGCAAGACUUUGACUAUGAUAUCCCUUGUGCUAAAACAGAAUCAGAGUCGUGUGACUGGAACUGAUGAGGAAAAAUCUGAGUGGCUCAGCAAGGACAAGCAAAAGGAAAAAUUGAGUUCAUCUAUCAUCAAGAGCCAUGCUACACUCAUUGUAUGCCCUGCUUCCCUGGUCCACCAGUGGCACAGAGAGAUUGAAAACCGCUGCAGGCCUGGACUUUUGAAUGUGAUCCUAUAUCAUGGUCCCAAUAGAGAAGCCAGUGUGAUCAGGCUGGCCAAGGCAGACAUUGUGCUGACCACCUACAGCAUAGUAAGCAGAGAAGUGGGGAUCCCUGAGGACAUGAAGAAUGAUAAAGCAGCCCAAGAAAGUGCUGUGGUGGAUGAUAAGAUUGAAGAUCCCACUAAACAAUCUAAUCUGCUACGUAUUGGCUGGGAAAGGCUCAUAUUAGAUGAGGGGCACAACAUCAAGAAUCAUAAGAGUUUGACAGCAAUGUCUGUCUGCAGACUGCGGGCGGGGUCACGGUGGGCUCUCACAGGAACUCCCAUUCAGAAUGACCUGCUUGAUAUGUAUUCCUUGAUCAGGUUUCUAAGAUGCUCUCCAUUUGAUGAACUGAAAGUAUGGAAGAGGCAGGUGGCAGACAACAAGACUGCCCAUGGUACAAAGAGACUGAAUACUCUGGUGAAAAGUUUGCUGCUAAGGAGGACCAAGGGGCAGACUGGCAAAGAGGGGAAACCUUUGGUGUCACUGCCUGAUAAGAUGUCCUUCACUCAUGAGCUUAAUCUCAGCAAAGAAGAAAGAACUGUGUAUGACAAAGUUUUUGCUGAAUCCAGGGCCACUUUGAUCAAGUACCUUCAGAGGCAGGAAGAAAAGGAGUCCAUUUGGGGUGGUGAACAGAGAAUGUCCAAUACUGGUCAUGCAGUUGUUGGGAGUAAAAGUAGUCCUGGUGGUGGCGGUACAGUGGACAGCAAACCCCCAGGGGCAGGGCAGAUGCUCUUACUGCUUCUCAGACUAAGGCAGUGCUGUAGCCAUCUAAGUCUACUGAAAAAUGUUGUAGACCAAGAAGAUGCAGCAUCUGAAGGAAUAGAACUUACCCUAGAACAGCAGAUGCAAGCUAUGGCAUUGGUUGAUGAAAAGACCAAAGAACCUGAUGUCAGUAAAUCCUCGGAUGUCUUUGAAACUUCCUCCCUGAGUACAAAGAUUGCAGCUGUAAUGGAGAGAUUGAGAGAAAUACGCAAGUACUCUGAAGGAACCCCCAUGAAAAGCGUAAUAGUGUCUCAGUGGACCAAGGUGUUAGAAAUUGUGGCCUACCACCUGAAACAAGCAGGCUACAAAUACCACACAAUUCAAGGCAAUAUAACUCCCAAACUCAGAGCAGAUGCAGUCGAUGACUUUAACACCAACCCUGAGGGCCCUGAGGUGAUGCUUGUUUCCCUCAAAGCAGGUGGAGUUGGUUUGAACCUUGUUGGUGGCAACCAUCUAUUUCUUUUAGAUAUACACUGGAACCCGGCUUUGGAACUUCAGGCAUGUGAUCGAGUGUAUCGUGUGGGACAGACUAAAAAUGUUCACAUCCAUAGAUUUAUAUGUAAAAACACUGUUGAGGAGAAGAUUGUUGAACUUCAAAAAAGAAAGCUCUCCCUUGCAAAGAAUGUUCUGGCAGGAGCUGGAGGAGCAAAGCAGAAGCUGACCCUGGCAGAUCUGCGGCUUCUGUUUGGAGUCUGAGACGUUGUGGAUAACUUUGUCCACCACGUUGACUACUUAUACAUGAUAGAACUUUGGUAGUACAGGAAUAUAUUGCCUCUGUCAUUACCAUGGUCAUUACCAUUGUCAAAAAGUGUUCUUGCUGUGAAAAGUUUCUAUCUCAAUAACUCUGACUUCAUUUAGGUAGUAUGUUAGUAUAAGAUAACUUUCCAAACAGUUAGGGUAAUGGUGAAGUUUAUUUGAAAACCAGUUAAUGCAGAAAAAGUGACUGGAAGGUGAUCUAAAAUUAUCAGACAACUUCAUCUUCAUUCAGAAACAUAUUUUAUCCCUAUUCAGACUGUGAAAGAUGUUCUGGUAAUGAUAAAAUUGCUUCUUUUUUUUUUUUUUUUCUCAUCAACCAAAUGUGCUAUGCAAGUACAGUGAGAAGUUUAUUAAAUGUAUAUUGAUUUUGUAUGCCAUCAUGGUAGAAUAAAAUGUCAGUGCGGAAAUGAUA